AUGCCCCACCCACAGAUGGCCAUCGAUAUUCCGAUGAAUUUUACCGCAUCCGACCGAGAACUAGAACAGAGAAUGGCUUAUUGGCGCGAGGAUAUCGGGGUCAACUUACACCAUUGGCACUGGCACUUGGUGUACCCUGCCGAAGGACCGGACAACGUCGUCCGUAAGGAUCGUAGAGGUGAACUUUUCUAUUACAUGCAUCAACAAACGGUAGCGCGGUACAACACGGAGCGAUUUUGUAACGGUUUACGCAGAGUACGACCCUUCAUUAAUCUUCGAGAACCCAUUCCGGAAGCGUAUUACCCGAAAAUUACCCAGAGCUCUAUCAACCGUUCUUAUCCCGGUCGUGGACGGAACCAACUGUUAACUGAUUUGAACCGUGUCGAAGAUCAAGUGAUCGUAUCGAUCGCUGACAUGGAACUGUGGACUAGCAGAAUAUUUCAAGCAAUCGAUGCAGGUUCUGCUACUGCAACCGAUGGCCGAAAAAUUCCACUCGAUAACAAAGAAGGAAUCGAUGUUCUAGGAAAUAUGGUGGAAAAUUCAACCCUUUCACCCAAUGUCAACUACUACGGAAGACUGCACAACAUGCUUGCCUACAUACACGAUCCAGACAACUCGUUUUUGGAAGGCUUCGGUGUAAUUGGAGACAACACAACGGCUAUGCGUGACCCCGUCUUCUAUCGCUGGCAUCAGCAUAUUGAUGAUGUCUUCCAACGCCACAAACGUCGCUUCAAGCCAUACAGCAAAGAUGAUCUCUCAUAUUCGGAUAUUGAAGUUGAUUCCUUCAACGUUCAACACAAUCGUGCAGGAUCAAAGAGCAACAUUUUACUCACGUUCUGGCAGAGAUCUCAAGUAGAUCUUGGCACAGGACUUGAUUUUGGACCAGAAGGAAACGUGUUUGCCACAUUUACUCACAUUCAGCAUGCACCUUUUACGUAUAGAAUUCAGAUAAAGAACGAUAGUGAAGCUACCAAACGUGGCACAGUUAGACUUUUCCUGGGUCCUAAGAAUGACGAGACUGGAAAAAAUAUUCCUUUCAUUGACCAACGUCGUUGGAUGAUUGAAUUGGAUACCUUUACAGUAAAUUUGAACCCAGGGGAAAACAACAUUGUGCGUCGAUCGGAUCAAUCAAGUGUCACCAUUCCGUAUGAGCGUACGUUCCGCAACGUUACCAUGUCCACUCAGCCGAACAGCGAUCAAUUUCGGUUCUGUAACUGCGGCUGGCCUUCGCAUAUGUUGCUACCGAAGGGAACUCCACAAGGACAGCAGUAUGAUCUGUUCGUCAUGGUGUCAAACUACAAUAAUGAUACGGUGAACCAGGAGUAUAACGAGUAA